AUGGCUUCUCGACUUGCCAUCGUUCGGGGUGCUUCCCUUCAGCACUCCAUCUCUAGAUCCGUGCCCCUCAUCGCCCGCCGUGGCAUCGCUUCCGCCACCACCCCUCGCCAGCUCUCACACACUCCUCAGACCGAGGUCGAUGGCCACAGGAGAUCCCACGCCGCUCUGGAAUCCCUCCAGCGCGACCCGGCCUACCUUCAGAUGAAGACGGCCCAAGAUGAGAACCCCCAACCAUGGAUGGACUUUGUCGCCCGCCACAUUGGGCCCCGCGACUCUGACAUUGACGCCAUGCUCAAGACUGUUGGCGCCGACUCUCUCGACACCUUCAUCUCCCAGGUUAUCCCCAAGGAUAUUCUCCUCCCCCCCAAGAAGACUAUUCAGCCCAAGAAGCUCAGCGAGUCGGGCGUUGCCAAUGUUUUCAAGAACAUGAGCGCCCAGAACGAACUCAAGACCUGGAUGAACGGCGGUGGUUACUACCCCGUUGAGAUUCCCACCGUCAUCAAGCGCAACCUGCUCGAGAACCCUGCCUGGUAUACCAGCUACACUCCCUACCAGGCCGAAAUCUCUCAAGGUCGUCUUGAGUCUCUCCUCAACUUCCAGACCAUGAUCUCUGACCUGACUGGCCUUCCCGUUGCCAAUGCUUCGCUCCUCGACGAGGGUACCGCUGCCGCCGAGGCCAUGACCAUGUCUUGGAACUCGCUGCCUACCUCCCGCGCCAAGCGUCCCAACAAGACCUACGUCGUCUCUGACCUUCUGCAUGAUGCCACUGUUCGCGUCAUGCACGGCCGUGCCGAGGGAUUCGGAAUCAAGCUCGAGGUCAUGGAUCUCUCCGCUCCCGAUGCUCACGACAAGAUCAAGGCUUUCGGUGACGAUCUCGUCGGUGUCAUGGUCCAGUACCCCGACACCAAUGGUGGCGUCCAAAACUACCGCGAGCUUGCUGAUCUCGCACACGCUCAGGGCACCCUUCUUGCUGCUGCCACCGACCUGUCUUCUCUGACUCUCCUCACCCCUCCCGGUGAAUGGGGCGCCGACGUUGCUUUCGGCAAUUCUCAGCGCUGGGGUGUCCCUCUGGGUUUCGGCGGCCCCCAUGCCGCCUUCAUGGCCGCCCAGGAAGCUAGCAAGCGUCGCCUCCCUGGCCGCAUCAUUGGUGUUUCCAAGGACCGCAACGGCCGCCGUGCACUGCGUCUCGCUCUACAGACUCGUGAGCAGCAUAUUCGCCGUGAAAAGGCUACCUCGAAUGUCUGCACUGCUCAAGCUCUUCUUGCCAACAUGUCUGCUAUGUAUGCCAUCUACCACGGUCCCGGCCAGCUUCGCGAGAUGGCCGUCACCAACCUCCGCCACGCUCGCAUGAUCCAGGCUGCUGCUCAACAUUACGGCCUCAACGUCAUUUCUUCUUCCGUCGACCCGGAGGGCCGUGUUCUCUCCGAUACCGUCACCAUCUCCUUCAAGGAUCCUAUUGUCUGCCGCGCUCUUCGCCGUGAGCUUAAUGACCGCGGCAUCAGCAGUGGCAAGGCUUGGUCCUCCAACGAGAUUGUCCUUGCUGUCCCCACCACCUUUACCCUCAAGAACUAUGUCCGCAUUGUGCAAUCUUUCCGUGACGUCUCCUCCAAGAACCACACGAACGCUUACGUCGAUGUUGCCAACAAGUACUGGACCGAGGGCUACAAGGUCUCUUCAGACGAGAUUAUCAAGAGCCUCCCCGACUCCGUCCGCCGAGAGUCCAAGUUCUUGACUCACCCAGUCUUCAACUCCCACCACUCAGAGACCGAGAUGCUCCGCUACAUGCACCACCUACAGUCUAAGGAUCUGUCCUUGGUUCACUCUAUGAUUCCUCUUGGCUCCUGCACCAUGAAGCUCAACGGUACUACUCAGAUGGAGCUCAUUGGCACCGAGUCCUCCUCCAACAUCCAUCCCCAUGCUCCCGUGUCUGGCGUCAAGGGCUACCAGAAGCUCUUUGCCGCCACCUCCGCGCAGCUUGCUGCCCUCACUGGCAUGGACGCUACUUCCCUGCAGCCCAACUCUGGCGCUCAGGGUGAGUUUGCUGGUCUUCGCGCCAUUGCCAAAUACCACGAGGAACACAAUGGUGGAAAGCGUGAUAUCUGCCUGAUCCCCACCUCUGCUCACGGCACCAACCCUGCCUCUGCCGCCAUGGCCGGUCUGCGUGUGGUCCCCAUCAAGUGUGACACCGCCACUGGCAACCUCGACAUUGCCGAUCUCCAGGCCAAGGCUAAGAAGUACGAGAAGGAGCUUGCUGCCAUCAUGAUCACCUACCCCUCCACCUAUGGUGUUUUCGAGCCCGAGGUUCGCAAGGCUUGCGAUAUUGUUCACGAGCAUGGUGGUCUCGUUUACAUGGACGGCGCCAACAUGAACGCCCAGAUCGGCCUCACUUCCCCCGGCGCCCUCGGUGCUGAUGUCUGCCAUCUCAACCUCCACAAGACCUUUUGCAUUCCCCACGGUGGUGGUGGCCCUGGUAUCGGUCCCAUCUGUGUCAAGGACAUCCUUGAACCAUACCUACCCCACCAGAACAACCAGACUCCCGUCUCCAGCGCCAGCUUCGGUAGCGCAAGCAUUGUACCCAUUAGCUGGGCCUACAUCUCCACCAUGGGUGAUGCCGGUCUUCGCAAGGCUACUACCGUGGCUCUCCUCAAUGCUAACUACAUCCUCGCCCGCCUCAAGGAGCACUACCCUAUCCUCUACACCAACGAGAACGGCCGCUGCGCUCACGAGUUCAUCAUUGAUGCCCGUGGCUUCUCUAAGACUGCUGGUGUCGAGGCUAUCGAUAUCGCCAAGCGUCUGCAGGACUACGGCUUUCAUGCACCUACCAUGAGCUGGCCUGUGCCCAACACUCUCAUGAUUGAGCCGACUGAGUCUGAGAGCAAGGAGGAGCUGGACCGCUUCAUUAAUGCCCUGAUCAGCAUUCGCCAGGAGAUUCGCGAGGUCGAGGAGGGCAAGCAGCCCCGCGAGGGCAACGUUCUCAAGAACUCUCCCCACACCCAGCUUGACCUGUUACUCGGCGACAAUGGCAAGUGGGAGCGUCCGUAUAGCCGCGAGAAGGCCGCCUAUCCCCUACCUUACCUAACCGAGAAGAAGUUCUGGCCCACGGUUACCCGUGUUGACGACAAGUACGGUGAUACCAACUUGUUCUGCACUUGCCCCCCUGUCGAGGACACUACUGGCACCAACUAA